AUGUCCAAGCCCGACGACUUCAGUCCCUUGGAAGCGAUUGAGUUCAUCUUCGUCAACGAUAAGCACCAGCCAGAACCAGUCUACGAAAAUUGUUUUGGUAACACCUUGGAACUCCAGGCAGCAAAAGCUCUUUUCAUCAACGAUGAUCCAGCGAAGAACCUUUGUCCUGACUCUGAACUCCUUCUGGCAUUACAGCUGAUUGUUGUGGACACCCUCUUUGCUCCAAAUGCACAGGACACUAAGGACGUGAAGACUAUCCAUCAACUCGUUGCCAUUGCAGCACCUCUCACUGUGUUGAACACCAAGACCGACAGAAUGGUUUGUGUCAACACAAGAUCGACUGCAACUGCAAUGAGAGACACCAUCGCCACUGGGUUAAUGGGCCUAGGAUUUAGUUAUAUCUGCUAG